UAAAUGAGGAAAAUGUCACUAUUUGUGAUAAGGGGUUAACGGCAAAGGAUGUCAAUCUUUUCCGUUAUGCAGUUUCCAAUAAUUAUUGGUAUCAGCUAUUUUUAGAUGAUUUGCCAGUUUGGGGAUUUGUCGGAGAGUUUGACACAAACACUGGCGAUGCUUUUUUAUAUACACAUAGGGAUUUUGUAAUAAGCUAUAAUCAUGACAAGAUAAUCCAAGUCAGACUAGAAAGUGGAAAUCCGGUCAAAUUAUAUUGGGAAACUCGAGAUAUACCGAUACGAUUUUCAUUUUCAGUAAGAUGGGAGGCUACUGAUGACCCAUUUGACUCAAGAUUCGAUAAACUAUUAGAUACGGAAUUUUUUGAACACAAGAUUCAUUGGUUUUCAAUUUUCAAUUCAUUUAUUAUGGUCAUGCUUUUGGCUGGUUUUGUCAGCGUCAUAUUAUUGCGUAUGCUGAAAAAAGAUUACGCUAGAUAUGACAAGGAGGAGGCUCUCGGUGAUUUGGACCAUGAUCUUGGUGAUGAAUAUGGUUGGAAACAAGUCCAUGGCGACGUUUUUCGCGCACCACGUUCAUUAUUAUUGUUUUCAGCUCUAAUCGGCACUGGGUAUUCUAGUGCGAACACAUAUCAGACUUAUGGAGGUCGUAAUUGGAUAAAAAACAUUAUUGUAACUGCUACUUUAUGGCCGGGAACACUCAGCGUUGUGACAACUAUGAUUAAUUUUGUUGCAGUCUAUUACUCUAGUUCGCGAGCAAUUCCGUUCACAGCUAUGUUAGCGAUGUUUGCAACCUGGCUGUUCCUUGCAUUUCCGUUGACAUUUAUAGGAGCGAUUCUUUGUCGUAAUUGGGCAAGUCAGCCAAAUUUUCCAUGCCGUGUUAAUCCUAUUCCACGACCUAUUCCUGAGAAAAUUUGGUAG